ACUAGUUUUUUAUAUCGACACCGCUGUUACAGCCUCUAAUACAACCGCGACAACAAGCACUCCAGAGCUAAGCUCUGGUUCCGAUACUCUGAUUAUACUCGGAUGUUCACGAUGUUAAAGGAUUCAAUUUUCUUUGGGUAUGGUGGGGCUGCUGAGCAAAAUCAAAGAAAAAGAGGGAGGGGAUAGAGGAUCAUGUAGGCGCACAGGGCGUAUGACAAGUACAAAUGACACGAGAUCGCGUCCAAUGCUCCUCAUCGGAUGUUGAUCCAAUGAUUUCAACGACCUUGUUCUCUCAUUCGCCAUCCUGACUCACACCCACCACUGCGACCCAGUGUUUUCUUUGAUAUGAAUAACAAGAAAGUAAACUACAGUCGUCUGCCAGAAGAUGACGACGACGACGGCGUCAACAACGCCCAACCACCACCAUACACACCUUCAGAGGCUCCAUCUUCUCCCUACAUCACACCUGGGCCAGCAGCGCCCUUCGGCUCCCCCAAUGUACCCAGCUCUUCUUCCACGGAACUCUACCCCACGCUGCAGUAUAUGAAUCCGCAACCGUUCGUCCAGUCAGGUAUCUCUCCUUCUUCUGGCUAUCAAGCGCCGCCGCAUGGCCACUUGCAUCAGUAUCCCCAACAGCUGUAUCCUCAACAGCUGCAUCCUCAACAGCUGCAUCCUCAACAGCAGCAACUUAUGCCUCCACCACACACCAUAUACCACCCGCCAACGAAUUCACAGAUUACGAAUGUCGUGGGACCUCCCAUGAUUUUGAUGCGACCACCUGCGAGGAUCGAGGAGUUAAGGAAUAACCCCGGACUUGUGGUCUGCCAGCACUGUCGCCAUUUAGUGCAGACAGAGACUUUGCCCGAAAAUGGAUCGUGCACGUACCUGGGGGUCUUGAUCUUGCUGCUUGCAGGAGUCUCGUCAUGCGGAUGUUGUCUACUUCCGCUGUGUAUGACCUCGUGGAAGGAUAUCAUGCACUCGUGUCCGAACUGUCAGGAGGAUAUCGGGCUGUAUUCGCGGAGCAAGGGGAGGACCUAUCCGGUCAGGCGCCUAGACUGAACAAGGAAGGGGUCUCCAAAGGAUUCCUGGGCAUUUGCCAAGUAUACAGCUUAAAGUCAUGUCCACUCUAUCCAAUAGUUUGCUCCGCACUCAGAGAAAGAGGGUCGAGAUAUUGUUGUUACUUUCAGUCUUGUAAAAAGAUAAAUUUUUGCAAACGCAGAAUAUCCACUGAAGACACACGCAUGCAUGCUGCAGUUAUCGACAGCUGUUGAACACGGAUCUUACUAACGUUUUAUUUAAAGGUAGCAGAUUAGGACGCUUAUCUUGUCUCCAAAAACAAAAGUCCUUUGGCUUGAGUGCUGGUCAGCCAUUACGCUAUAUGCCGACACACGA